AUGGCUUCACGAUCUCAUCGCUUUGCUCUCGAGCGACUCAUGAGCCUGUUCCUCAUGUUGCAGGCCAUUCUGGAGUGGUUUCCACUCGCUCAUGCUUCGGCAGGUCUGCCCGGAGCUUCGACCUAUGUUGUUGCCGCUGGGUUUCCCACCUCGGCCUUCUCAUCCUACUAUGAAUCUCCGGCUCUGCCAACCAGACAGCCUCAGCCCAUCAUUUAUGAUCCUGUGCUCGAUCUCACUUUUCCGUAUGAGCUGACAAACCCCGACAUCAUACCUGAAAGCUCGGAUGAGGUGUAUUUCCCUCUUCCAAAAGGCAGAUUGACUCCGGAAGAGAAGCAUGAACUGAUCGAUGCCACGGUCGCUAACGUGACGGCGAUCAUCAAGUCAAUUGACCAGAGCAGCACCUGCUCCAAGUGCAAGAAAGCCCUGGGAUCCGCCAAGCUUGCCGCAUCGUAUGCCCCUCUCUUGGUACCUGAUGCCAUGGUCAGUAUGUGCAAGGCCUUCAAAUUUUACACAAAUGAGACUUGUGAGGAAAACUUCCUGGAUCAAGCUUUUGGUGCAACCUGGACACAGGUACUCGCUCUUGCCGAUGUCGCGGGCCAGGAUGGUGAUUACAUCUGCCAUACGCUCAAGAGCGACUUUUGCCCUGAACCCCCGACUCGUCGUUUGGAUUCACUCAAGCUAUUCCCUAAGCCUAAGCCCCAUCAUGUUCAAGCUCCAAAGGCAAGUGGCACGCGUGUGAAGAUACUUCACUUGUCCGACUUCCACCUGGAUCCUCGAUAUGCUGUCAGUGCGGAAGCAAACUGCACUUCUGGUUUGUGCUGUCGUUCUGACAACUUCAAUACUCUUACAAAUCAGAGCGAGGCACUGCUUCCGGCUUCGCCUUAUGGCUCCUUCCUAUGCGAUACCCCGUACGAUUUGGCUUUGGCAGCUCUACAGGCCGUGGGUCCCUUGACAGGUACCAGCAAGGAAGCUUGUGGUGGCUCACUGGCAUGGACCAUCUACACUGGUGAUCUUGCCUCGCACGAUCCCGAGCUUCAAAUGUCCCGAGACUACAUUGAAUACACGGAGGCCAGUGUCUUCGACAUGCUCAAGCAAUAUAUCUCAGGGCCUGUUUUCUGCGCAUUGGGUAAUCAUGAUUCCAGUCCUGCGAAUAUCGAUGCCCCACACAGAUUUCCUGGGCGACUAGGUGAACAGAUGAGUUGGAAUUUCAACCACAUGUCUGCCUUAUGGCAACACGAGGGGUGGAUUAGUCGCGAGACUGCAGAGCAAGCACGAACCCACUAUGGAGGCUACUCGGUCAAGACUCAUUAUGGACUCCGCAUCAUCGCUUUCAACACCGACUUCUGGUACAAGCGGAAUUUUUUGAACCUAGUCAACACCACCGAUCCUGACAACUCAGGGGUCUUCUCAUGGAUGAUCGAAGAGCUCCAGAAGGCCGAGGACAGCAGUGAGCAAGUCUGGCUCAUCGGUCAUGUCCCGAGUGGCUGGGAUGGUUACAACCCGCUGCCCGAUCCUACCAACCUUUUCUACCAGAUCGUGGGCCGGUACUCGCCGCACGUCAUUGCCGAGAUCUUCUUCGGUCACAAUCACGAGGACCAAUUUAUGAUUUAUUACGCAAAUAACGGCACAGUCCAGAAUGCCACAACUGCUCUCGCGACGGGUUGGCUCGGACCCAGCGUGACACCUCUCACGAAUAUGAACAGCGCAUUCCGGCUGUAUGAGGUUGACACGGGCAACUUCAACGUCUACGAAGCCUAUACAUUCUUCAGCAACGUGUCUGAGUAUUCCAAUCUCCGCGAUGACGGGCCCACCUUCCAGCUUGAAUACUCUACUCGUGAGACUUAUGGGCCGGCUGCUGAGUGGGACAAGGAUGCUCCCUUGAACGCGACUUUCUGGCACCGGGUAACAGAGGCGAUGGAAAGGGAUCGAAAGCUCGUCACUUUGCAGAAUCAUCUACAGGGUAGGAAGAGCGUCAAGUCUCCCGUCUGCGAUACGGCGGAGUGUCAGAAGGCCAAGAUCUGCUACAUGCGCAGUGGCAGUACUGCGUUGGGCUAUCAGUGUCCUCAAGGGUAUGGUUCUGUUCAGAGCCCUUUCAAGAAGCACUAA